AUGAACGGGGUGCUUGCUUCGCCGAUGACCGGCUCCCAGGGGGGUGUAGCGGUGCCGCCGGGUUGGAAGGCUGAGUGGAGUGCGCAGUAUACGAGAUAUUUCUAUGUUAAUCUCAGUACGAAUCAAAGUACGUGGGUUUUGCCCUCGGCAUCUUCGCAACAACUGCCGCAGUCGGUUCAGAGGAAACCUGUGCCGAAUCAGGGUUCUCAAUCACAGACUUCGGUGUCGCGUGGAAGUUAUACUGGCCCUCAGCCGCAGAAUUUCGGAGGGUACUUUGCAGCGCCCCCGGCGCAGUUUCAGCCGGGUUAUGGACAGAAUUGCAUGGUUCAGCAGCAGCAGCAACAACAACAACAGUCGCCAUAUCAACAGCCGUACACACCACAUCUUGUUCAACAGCAGCCACACGUUCCCGCACCACCUUCAGGAAUGCAGCAGUUCUCGCCUCCCCCGACUCCAGGUUCUUACCAAGAACAACAGCGCAACUUUACGCCUCCAAAUCCAUCGCCAGCAACACUAAACCCGCAAUAUCCCCAGCAGCAGCAGAACUUUGGGCAACCCUUCAAGCCAGAAAUGUACAACCCUGGACAAUCCAAUGUCCCUACUCCUCCUCUUGACAGUCAACAGACGAACUACAUGGCACCACAGAACGAUACGAACGUGUACCAUGCUCCUCCACCACCGCCGCAAUCUCAAGCUCCUUAUAAUCCUCAACAUCAACAACAAAAACAGCUGCAGCAGAACUACUACCCCAAUAACGCGCAGCCGCAACAACAAAUACAAGCCCAGCAGUCCAAGCGUAGCUCAAGUCUCGGCUCAAGUCUUAUGGGCGGGAGCAUGAUGACCAAGAUGUCUUCCAAAUUGACACAGUUCCAGAAACCUGCCCAACCAACACCUUCUGCAACCCACACGACUUCUAGAUUCGGCACACCGGCGACUGCACAAACUGACGGUAAGCACGCCUCAAACAGCAGCGACUGGAAGAAAUGGGGGAAACGCGCCGCGAUAGGCGUGGCUGCCGUGGGCGCCCUGGCUCUCGGUGUUGAUGCAAUGGAUGGGGGCAUCUUCGAUGGGGCGGCUACUGCUGGGGGUGGCGACUUUGGUGGAGGUGGAGACUUUAGCGGAGGCGACUGGGCUGUAGGAGAUGCGCAGACAAGUCUGGAUGCUAGUGCUGCGCAGGCGGCCAUGGAGCAGCAAGGUCAGGAGAAUGCGUUGAUGCUGCUUGAUCCCCCGGGAACGACUUGUAAGUUCUUUUUUUUCUAUUAA